CAGAAAACCAUGCAGUUAACAGUUUAACGCCGUCAAGUUUCUCAUCUCACUUAACACCCUUAUCGUAUUUCCGCUACAGCUUUAGCGGUUUGACACAUAAGCUUCCAGACUAUAAAGACUAACGCUGACCUGCUGUUUGCCAUUAAGUGAACAUUUUUAGUCCGGGUCACAGAAUACAAUAAGUCAUCCAUACUGAAGGAAACAGCUCCUUCGUUUCGAUCUGCUGGGUGAGCAGGUCGAUGGCGUGUGUAUAGCGGGCCACGUUAUCAUUAACAUCGCGAACCGGACAGAAUGGACGAGAAACAUAAGAGGGAUCAUACCGUGGAGCCAGAAGCGGCGCCCUACCAGAAAAGCAUGUGGAAGAGUUUCCAAGAGAAAACAAGACCGUUUCUAAGCCCUAAACUUGGGUCUGAUUGCCGCAGUGCAGACGGAAAGAAGGAAACUGGCUUGCGGAUGUUCAGAAGAAACAAGAAAAAGGCUUUGGACCGUGAGUUUUCAUCCUCGCAGCCAAACCUUUGCUGCUCCGUUUCGGUGCCCCUCGACUGCGAGAGAUCGUCUUAUGAUGAUCCGAUCAGCAACAAAGUGCAAGCGCUUCAGAUGCUGCGAACCGCAGAUGCGGAGUCAGAACAGGAAUGGACGAAGCUCAGCGUGUCGGGACGGGAGUGCCCGAAGCUCAGCGUGUCUCAUAUGGUGCCGUCCCACCAGAAGAGCUCGUCUUUAGGCUCGGCUUGCUUGGACUCCCUGAUGGUGGAUCCCGCCCAGGAUGGUGUAGGGGAGCAAUUACAAGAAACCGACACAAAUUGUGGUAUCACUAUUGUGGAGCCAAGGGAUGCAGAUCCACCACCUUCUAAUCCAGGAAUGUACCAGCUGGAUGUUUUGCUAAAGAUGGGGCAUAACCUCGCCAUUAGGGACAGAGGAGGAACAAGCGAUCCGUAUGUGAAGCUCAAAAUCGCAGGUAAGGAGGUUUUUCGCAGCAAGACCAUCCACAAGAACCUGAACCCCGUGUGGGACGAGAAGGUCAGCCUUCUGGUGGACAGCUUAAGCGAGCCGCUGUAUUUCAAGGUCUUUGACUAUGACUUUGGUCUUCAAGAUGACUUCAUGGGUUCAGCGUACCUGUAUCUUGAAUCUCUGGAGCUUAAAAGGACCCAUGAUGUUAAAUUGGAACUGAAGGAUGCCCACUGUCCUGACGAAGACCUGGGCUCUUUAGAGCUGGCUGUCACCUUGACACCGAAGGAGAUGGAUUCCAAAGACUCAAAGAUGCUAUUGAGAAGGAGCUGGAAAAGAACCAGUAAGCUGCAGUACCACAGCCUGAGGCUCUCAGACCUACACCGGAAGUCCCAGCUAUGGAGGGGCAUUGUUAGUAUCGCUCUUAUAGAAGGCAGCAACUUGAAGCCCAUGGACUCCAAUGGACUGAGUGAUCCCUAUGUCAAGUUCCGGCUUGGUCACCAGAAGUACAAGAGCAAGACGAUGUCCAAAACCCUGAACCCCCAGUGGAGAGAGCAGUUUGACUUCCACAUAUACGAAGAACAUGGUGGGAUCAUCGAUAUCACUGUCUGGGAUAAAGAUGCCGCGAAAAAGGACGAUUUCAUGGGCAGGUGUCAGGUGGACCUCUCCACGCUGAGCAAGGAGCGCACACACAAGCUAGAGGUUCCUCUGGAGGAGGGCCGCGGCAUGCUGAUGAUGCUGGUCACUCUCACCGCCUCUGCGGCUGUGUCCAUCUCUGACCUGCCCGUCAACAUGUUGGACGACCCCUACGAGCGGAAGCAGAUCCUGAGCAGAUAUAGCCUGCUGAGGUCGUUCCACAACAUUAAGGAUGUGGGGGUCGUGCAGGUGAAGGUGAUCCGUGCCGAGGGGCUGAUGGUUGCUGAUGUCACAGGCAAAAGUGACCCCUUCUGUGUGGUGGAGCUGAGCAACGAUCGACUGCAGACACACACCGUGUACAAGAACCUUAACCCAGAGUGGAACAAGGUCUUCACCUUCAACGUGAAAGAUAUACAUUCGGCGCUGGAGGUCACCGUCUACGAUGAGGACCGGGACAGGAGCGCCGACUUCCUCGGCAAAGUAGCCAUCCCCUUGUUGCAUAUUCAAAAUGGUGAACGCAAAGCUUACGUCUUGAAAAGCAAGGAGCUGACAGGGCCAACAAAGGGGGUCAUCUUUCUCGAAAUAGACGUGAUUUAUAAUGCUAUCAAAGCUGGUCUUAGAACUUUGGUACCAAUGGAGCAGAAGUAUAUCGAGGAAGAGCCCAGAGUCUCUAAACAGCUGCUGCUACGAAACUUCAACCGACUGAAGCGCUGCGUCAUAUUCCUCAUCAACAUCGGCUGCUUUGUCAACAGCUGCUUUGAGUGGGAAUCUCCGCAGAGGAGCAUCUGUGCCUUCGUGCUCUUUGUUGUGCUGGUGUGGAACUUUGAGCUUUACAUGGUCCCACUGAUGCUGCUGAUGGUCUUGGCCUGGAACUACAUUUCCUUUGCCGCGGGGAAGGACACCAGGCAGCGUGAUGUGCAGGCCCUGGAGGACAUGCUGAGGGGAGAAGACGAGGACUGUGUCAGAGACGACAAGGUCCCAGGUUCUCUCCCUUCAGACGAUGCACAGCAGCCUGGCAGCCAAAUCCUUGAGAGUUUCUUGGCUUCCUGGCACUUUGCGUGGAUAGACGUGAUGGUGGACUCGGAUAAGAAGGGCUUUAUGGACAAGCUGUACGCCAUCCAGGAUGUGUGCAGCAGCGUGCAGACGGCACUGGAUGCUGGGGCCUCCUUCGGAGAGAGGAUUAAAAACACUUUCAACUGGACGGUUCCUUUCCUGAGCUCCCUUGCCAUCGUGGUCCUCUGUGCUGCUACACUGGCUGUCUAUUUCAUCCCUUUCAGAUAUAUUGUGCUAGCUUGGGGUGUGAAUAAAUUCACCAAGAAGCUCCGUGACCCAUACAUGAUCGAUAACAGCGAGCUGCUGGACUUUCUCUCCCGGGUGCCGUCUGACAUACAAGUGGUGCAGCACCAACAGCUGAAGCUAGAUCCCAGUCAGAGCCCCAGCAAAAGAAAGAAACACAUCCCAGGCUAGUCCAGUCCUGCGAAGCACCCAGAAGAUGGAGAUUUGGCUGAGGCCACGCCUCCUCCCCUUUUUCACUUUCCAUAACCUCCUGUUUUUUUGUAAAGUAUGUACAGAUUUUAAAAAGUGUAAUUAUUUCUGUAAAAAAUAGUUUUAAGUAUUAUUUUUAGCCAUUGUUUACCUGUGUGGAGUGGGAGAAUGGCAUUGGUACUUGACCCCUUUCAGUGGCAGACGAACAAUUGCAAUUUCUCGCAUAAUCAGCUUGACAGCUUUAAAAGCACAACGCUCUCUUGAAUGGUUAUACUGAGGUGAUGGAUUUGCAUAUCUCGGUAACAGAUUAACAUGCGAGUGAUUGCCCAUACAAAUGUAUUGUCAUCCUCUACAAUGCACACAGAAAUAUCAGGGAUAUCUAUCAAAAAGCGUUUCCUUUCGUCCUUGCGAAAUGGUGUGAAUCAUGUGAAUCACCAUUGGUGAUCUUUCAAAGCUUAAAGAAGUCUUCCUCCGCAUUUCUACACGUGCAAUUUUAACGAUAUAAGAACACUGCACAGAUGACGAUAAGGUUAUUAAAAGGUUGUAGCUUUCAGUGUGUUAAUUGGCUUGUACAGAAAACACAAGGGAAGUUAUUUACUCGGAAAUGCAAUAUGGAAUUACCCAUCAAAUUCAGCCUGUGGCUUUGUGUGUUCUGUUUUGCAUGGAUUUCCUUCGGGUACUCCCCUUUCCACCCGUAGUGUGUGUGUGUGUGUGUGUGUGUGUGUGUGUGUGUGUGUGUGUCCUACAAUGAACUGGCAUCCUGUCCAGUGCUGUUCUCCCGUCUUGCAGAUAAGGUCUAGGCUUCAGGCUGUCUGUGACCCUGCACUGGAUAAGCAGUGGGAAUAUAGAUGGAUUGAUGCAUUAUUAAUAUAUAAUUUUUUAUAAAGUAAAUUAAUUUUAAAGAAUGUGAAUAUGUAUUGUAAGAAAUAAAGACAAUGUAAAUGGAAGAUGAAUACUUUAACAUUCUUGGGUUGAUUUAUCCUUCUUUUGUAGAAUUUUUAUAUACUUCUAUUACUUGCAUGGUUAUCGAUGUAAGUUUGACCGUCAUAUUCUGCCUUCCAAGUUUGGAGUGUGAUGCUAAUUGUGAUGCUGGUACUUCUCCUUCCCCUGACUUAAGAACACUUGAUGUAAAGUAUCUCUUUGAAAUGAAUGUUUAUUCCAGCAUGAUAAAAAAAAAAAAAAAAAAAAAAAAUCGCUCUGUAUGGCCAAUAAAUAGUGUAUUUAAAAUGUCUUGUUUCCAAUCCUAAACAUGAAUGCCUGCUUUGACGGGUAAAUGCAUUGUGGUUUGGGUUGAUAAGGACGCCGUAUGGCUGCAAGGCCGCACCAUUCCUUAUGAAGGCUGCGAUGGUACGGAAAGUGGGCCUUCGUCAGAUAGCUUAUAAUUGUGCGAGGACCUGGCCUGCACACUUUAACCAGACAUGUAGGGUGCUGUACUUACAGAUGGAAGAAAGGCUUUUUUCACUGUACUUUUUCCCUUUGUAUUUCCUUCAUUUCUUAUGUCCAAGUGUUCAGCCAUGCUGCUGUUUACGGGACCACAUAGACACAGUCUUCUUAAAUUCCACUGCAGACAUUACAGCUUCCAUUAUGGAAAUUUUAGGAAGAGCUUCCAAAUAGAUUUUAACAAAUUUCUGAAAAUGGAAAAACGUUAUAAAUAUUUGAAACCAACGAAAAAGUUUGAAUUUUACACUUUUCAAAAAGGAUCGAUCCCAUUUAUCAAACUUGUUUUAACAAAUCACACAGCACUUUUUUUUGAUGCAAUUUGCAAGACAACCAAAGUAUUUUGAUAAAAG